AUGAAUAAUAUCACGUUAAAAGCGGCCGACGAUUGUGUCGAUAUCAAGGCUUUUCUAUGGACGAAUCAGGGCGAUCUCACCUCGCUGCCCAGUACCAUGCUGGUGUUUUUGGUACUAUACGUACUUAUUAUCACGUAAGUUGGGGUUGAAUUUAAGCUAUUUGUGGUGGGGGAGGAGGGGGGGGGGAUGGGGAUAGGCUUAUAAAAGGCCGGGCUGGGGCUAAUGAGCUUAUUUUUAGGUCUAAUGGAGCUCAGGAAGGGUAUUUUUUGAAUCUUUUUAACUUGGAAAGAAAGUUUUUGCAAUUUUUCGAAAAAUUUUAAAUAAAUUUUAUUUUGUGUAGAAAGUUUUUGCAUUUUUUUCAAAAAUUGACUUAUCCGACAAAUGUUAGGUUGUUCACAUAAUUAUGUGCCCCCUAACACAAUAUACUGUAAAAUUAAUUUUUUUGAGAGAGGGCACAGAAUUACGUGAACUAUCUAAAAUUUCUACGCCGAACCGUAUUUUACCAUUUACCACCCCCAUUUCAGACUAGGCGUGCUGGGCAAUGGCUUAGUGAUACUAAGUGUGAUACGACACAAGUCUCUACAAAGCGUCCGCAACAUGUUUAUUGUUAGCUUGAGUUGUUCGGAUAUUGUGGCGUCGCUGGUUUCGGGUUCAGUCACGCCCAUCUCCGCCUUCACCAAGAUCUGGCUGUUCGGCGAGACUUUAUGCAAAUUUGUACCUCUUAUUCAAGUAAGGGAAAUUUUUGUGAUUUGAUUUAAAAGGUAAAGGAAAUUAAGGUAGAGUAGAGUUUAAAAAUAUCAUUUUUUUUCAAAAAUUUGCUUUGAACUGGCUCAAACUUUUUUGAGCAAUUAAAUACUUUUAUUGAAAAAAUGACGUUUUUUGCCAUUUUUCGAUUGAUUUUGACUAAAACAAUGAUAAAAGCUGUCAUAAAUGUUCAUAAAAUAAAUUUUUGUCCCAGUUAUAUUAAGUUUAUCACGAAAUUUUUUUUAAUUUCGAAAAUUUCGACUGGAAACAAAGCUUUUGCAAAAUUUUGAAAUUAACUAAAAAUUGACAUUAUACUAAAUUUUAAUCAAUUAUAACUUGUUUUUGAUCUUGUUUGACCUUUGCAUUAGUUUAAAAUGGCAAAAAACGUUACUUUUAACGCCAAUGUGCCUGUAGUAAAAUGGACAAAAAUAUCGCAAAAAUUCAAAUAACUGCCGAAAAUUAGUCGUAUUUUACAAAUAAUCCAAAUUUUACACCAAAAUUACUUCAAGCCGUAUUUUACAUUUUUAAACCCACUACCACACUAAUCAGUACCAUUUGCAGGGUUCCAGUCUAUGCUUUAGCACCCUAACUUUAACCGCGAUCUCGAUUGAUCGCUUCAUUUUGAUCAUAUAUCCAACAAAACGGUCGAUACAAACCAAGCAUGCGUUACGGAUGAUCGCUGUGAACUGUUUUAUCGCCAUUUGCAUAUCACUACCUAUGGUAUUUAAGCAAAAACUGGUCGAUUAUGCCGACUUUUGUGGUCAGUUUUGUACCGAAGACUGGAAGGAAGACACUUUUGCUAGGUCGGCUUAUGGUGAGUAAUAAUUUUUUUCUUGAGAUAGGGAUAUAAAAGCUUUGGGAAGAUUGAAGAGGUCAAAAAAGGAUUGGAAGUAUAAAAAAAGUUUAAAAAAUUGAAAAAUUUGACGAAAAACUGAUUGUUUUGGGCUAAUUUUGAAGCUUUUUUGCCAUUUUUUAAUAGACAAACUAAUUUUAAAAAUUAAAAAAUUAUUGUUAAAAGUGAGUAUAGUAAUAUUGCAUCGCAUAAAAGUAAAAAAUGUCGUCUUUAUAACUUAAAAAUGUCAUUUAAUUGAGUUUGUUUCCAAGCGGAUUCGAACCCUCGUGGAUUUCAGUUUUCCACCAGGGUUCGAAUCCGGGUCAAAAAUGAAAAGUUUUUAAAAACAUGGUUUUCAGUAAUUAAAAUAAUGAAUUUAAAAUGUAAAGAUAAAUUUUUCUUUUUCAAAAACUAAAAAAAAUUUUUUUUAAAAUUUUUUCUAAACCACCUCAUUUCAGGCACUAUGGUAUUCAUCCUCCAGUUCGUAGUGCCAUUUGUCAUCAUAACCUUUUGUUACUUGAUGAUCUCCAUCCGUCUUGGCCAGGGAAUGCUAGUAAAAGACCGUAGCGAUCAUCAACAACUUAAUCAACAACAAUCAGAACAACGUAAGACUGCCCUAAAGCGUCGACUUCGUACCAACCGGAUGUUAAUAGCUAUGGUAGCUGUUUUCCUAUGUUGUUGGACACCAGCUGUGCUGUUCAACUUCCUCCGUGACUACCAAUGGUUGCCGCAACUUGUCGCGCAACAAGAGUAUUUGUUUGGCGUCAUCACUCACUGUAUAUCAAUGUCAUCUACCGUGUGGAAUCCAUUGUUGUACACCAUGUUGAAUGAGCAGUUCCGGCUGGCUUUCGCCGAGUUCUUUAGAUGUUGUAGGAAGAGCAAGCCAAAAUCUGGUCGAUAUAAGAGUGCGAAUGGGUCGAAUGAAUCAAAGACCAUUAAUACUAGGCUUAACAUGGCCAAAGGCUCUACUGUCAAUGGAUUUGUAUUCGAUUUCAAAGGAAAAAGACCUCAGUUAGUUAGGAAUGAAGAGGCUGAUAAGUGGAGUCCGGAAAAGCACGCUAGGAACGAUGAGAUAGGCCAGAGAUGGAUGAGUGGGAGUGAUAGUAAAGAAAAAAUCAUAGAGAACGAGGAGAGACCAGAAAAAGUUAUGAAUAAAGAUGACAAGAUUCAGAAGACCGGCUGCAGAAAUGACAGUCGACCGAUGAGCGGAUUUGGUGACGAUGAGGUUCAGAAGGCUGGUUACAACAAAACUGACGAUCAAGUGUAUCCAUACUGUUCUACAAACCAAGGCCAUACUAUCAACAACAAUAUUAAUCAAAACAGUCUACUAAAUAAUGGCAAAGACCUUCAGAGUACGAUCAUGAACAACAUAGCCCCUCAAAAGUCCUUGUCCAACUACAACACACUACAGAAUGCUUCAGAAUCCAAACAAGACGCAGAAAUUUGGCCAAACACAAGCCUAGCCCACCCUUUCUCUACUGCAACAACAACCAACGCGAUUCCACAAAGCUACACAAUGCCACAGAGUACCGUGCCAAACCGAUACUCAACAAGUCCGAAUCGACCGCCAGCUCGAACCUUUUCAGCCCUACGUAACAGUAUGAGAACCAAAGCUGCUAAGCCGGAACCAGCCAAAUACAGUACGAAUAUCGUGCAGGAUUCAUGGCCUGGUACUGUAGAUUUGAUUUGUCAUAGCGAGACAAAGAUUGAGAGUAAAGAUGGAGGACAGGUUGGAGGAGAUAAUGAUAAAGUAGAUGGAAAUGGAAUGAAAGUUGAUCGAAAUGAAGAGAAACCAAAUAUGAAUGCUGACAUUUAUGUUGGAGAAAAGAGAGAGAAGAUAUGUCUACCUCAACUAGGACCAGCCUCUCAUUGGGGCCUGCUUGAGAAUGAAGAACCAAUUCAGUUGGAGGAGGGCGAUUCACAAAUCUAA